AUGGUGGUGAGAACUGCAUCCGGAACGCUGGGCGGGGUGUCCAUGAAGCACCUCUCUCUGGUCACGUUGACAGUCCAGAACUCAGCCCUCAUUCUGAUCAUGCAUUACUCGAGAAUCAUGCCUUUGGCUGGAGGACAAAGAUACCAUACAAGUACAAGUGUCUUCUUGAAUGAAGUCAUCAAGCUGACCAUUAGCUUAACCAUGGCAAUGUACGAGAUGUCAAAAUCGCUUCCGUCGAAUACUACGAUCGCGACCCUCUCGCGCACCUUGACGACCGCUAUAUUCACCAAUGAAAGCUGGAAGCUUGCCGUACCCGCCGUCAUAUACACUAUACAGAAUAAUCUCCAGUACUUGGCUGUCAGCAACUUGGAUGCAGCUACGUUUCAGGUCACCUACCAGCUCAAGAUUCUGACGACGGCCAUCUUCAGCGUCCUGUUAUUAGGGAGAACGCUUUCAGCACGGAAGUGGCUCUCUCUGCUGCUGCUUAUUGUUGGUGUAUCCAUUAUACAGGUGCCCCAAGCAUUAUCGCAAUCAGAUGUACCGGCAACAGGACCCACGCCCUGGACAAAGACUCUUGAACAGCUUCACGGCCUUGGCCACAACGUCGCAGCACGAAUGGCGAAGCGAUCUGGAUCUUACGAGGGCAUUCAUGAAGAUCGCGCGUCGCAAGUACCGCAUAUGGAUAGACGGGUGGGGCUCUUUGCUGUUCUGAUCUCCUGCGCACUGUCCGGCCUAGCGGGAGUGUUGUUUGAAAAGAUUCUGAAGGACUCGACAAGUGGCAAAACCACGACAUUGUGGGUGCGCAACUGCCAGCUUUCCUUCUGGUCGCUGUUUCCGUCACUGUUCUUGGGUGUGAUUUGGAAGGAUGGAGAGAUCAUAGCAAAGACUGGGUUCUUUGUUGGCUACAACUGGGUGGUGUGGACUGCCAUUGGGUUCCAAGCAGCUGGUGGUGUAAUUGUCGCAUUGGUCAUAAACUAUGCCGACAACAUUGCCAAGAAUUUUGCGACCUCCAUCUCCAUUCUUCUCAGCUGCAUUGCUAGCGUAUACUUUUUCGACUUCAAGGUGACGCAAUCGUUUUUCCUGGGGACAUGUAUCGUCUUAUUUGCGACCUAUCUUUACACAAAACCGGAGCGGGGGAUGCAGCAAUCAUCUGUAAAGAUUGUCGACUUUCAAAAGACUUCGGUCGAGCGGCCUUACGAAGACCGCGGAUUUCGUUCCUAUCACCAAGAACGGCCAGAUAACUCGCGACGUGUGUCGCGUUACAACAUCCUUCAGCCUCAAAUCAAGCAGCCAGCCCGCCUGACUGCUCCUCGAGAUCGCUAUCAUGUGACCCGAUACGAUGAUCCCAUGUACGACACCGUUGAAGACGACCAUGGCAACGGUCCAAGAUCUCAGCUCGAUUCUUUCGACGAGAGACUGCUUCAGCAUUCGUAUCUAAAUCGACAGCCGCAAGUCACGCACGGCAAUGGAAGAUUGUCGCUUGCGCCCGCCCCAUCACAACCCUCACAUGGUCGGUUUGCCUACAAUUCUGCACAAUUCCAAGAUUCAAGUCCCAGCCCCAAAAUUGGCCAGUCCUCCAGCCCAGCAUUCAAAGCAAGUCAGCGCCGCAUAGAACACGUCAGCGCAUCCAUGGCGAAAUGCGGUUCAAGAACCCAGAUGUCCAGGGAUACCCGGCGGCACACCAUAGAGCUUGAUGUACAUGGAUACCAGGAAUUUCAUGGGCAGACUGUAUCUCCCAAAUGUCAAGAACACGCCCUUGGGGAACUGCCGUCCCUGGAUCCGGGAGAAGACCAAGACUUUCCUUGCCAUCGGGGGCAAAAUCUCAACGAAUUACAAGAAGGUGCCGUGAAUGCACCGCAUGCCCCUCCCAUAUGCCAGGGCAUCCGUCUCGUUCCGAUCACAACCUUGCCAGAUCGACUUCGGGCAAUAUUCCCUUAUCCAACGUUCAAUGCGGUGCAAUCCAAGUGUUUCGAUACGGUCUUCCGUUCUGAUAACAACUUUGUUCUCGCAUCUCCAACAGGAAGUGGUAAAACGGUGGUUCUCGAGCUUGCCAUAUGCCGAGCAUUUGCUACCAAUUCAACCGGUCAAUACAAAAUUGUCUACCAGGCACCUACCAAGGCUUUGUGCUCAGAACGACAACGUGACUGGGAAAUAAAGUUCAACAAGAUUGGUCUAAAGUGUGCCGAGCUCACUGGUGAUAGCGAUAUAUCGGACCUGCGACAUGUACAAUCCGCAAACAUAAUCAUUACGACGCCUGAGAAAUGGGAUAGUAUGACUAGGAAGUGGAGAGAUCACGAAAAGCUGAUGAGACUCAUCAGAGUUUUUCUCAUUGAUGAGGUUCACAUACUCAAAGAGGACCGUGGCGCUACCCUUGAGGCAGUCGUGUCUCGGAUGAAGUCUAUUGGAACAAAUGUUCGCUUUGUGGCACUUUCAGCCACAGUACCCAACUUCAAUGAUAUCGCAACUUGGCUAGGUAAAAGCCCAACAGAUCCAGACACUCCGGCCGCGAACGAGAGUUUUGGUGAAGAAUUUCGACCAGUGAAACUGCGAAAGCAUGUUUGCGGGUACAUGUCCAACGCCAACAACGAAUUUGGAUUUGAGAAAGUACUCGAUAGUAAGAUAAAAGAUGUCAUAGCUACUUACUCUGAAGGUAAACCGAUAAUGGUGUUUUGCGCUACCAGAAACUUCACGCUUAACACGGCGAAGCUGAUCGCUAGCUGGUGGUCUUCAAGGAUGGACAAUGACCGCUUCUGGACAGCACCAUCAAAAUCAAUCCGGCUUUCAAAUAAAGACCUUAGGAACACAGUCGCUGCAGGUGUUGCGUUCCAUCAUGCUGGUCUUGACAUAGAAGAUCGGAUGCAAAUUGAGAGACACUUCAUCGCCGGCGAGAUCAGUGUCAUCUGUUGUACCUCUACACUCGCUGUUGGAGUCAACCUGCCCUGCCAUCUUGUAAUCGUCAAGAACACGAUGGCUUGGGGGCCAGCAGGACAUCAAGAAUACUCCGAUUUAGAGAUGAUGCAGAUGCUUGGUCGCGCGGGCCGCCCGCAGUUUGACGACACUGCUGUAGCCGUCAUUAUGACGCGCCAAUCAAAGGUCCGACGAUACGAACAGAUGGUUACUGGUCAAGAAAUUAUAGAAAGCAAACUUCACCUUAACUUGAUCGAUCACAUGAAUGCUGAGACAAGCCUUGGGACGAUCUACGAUCUGCCAUCAGCAAGAAGAUGGCUCAAAGGCACCUUUCUCUUUGUUCGACUCCAGCAGAACCCUGCGUAUUACAAACUUGAAGGGUCGAAAACUGGUCAGAGUGUUGAAGAGCAAGUGGAUGAUAUUUGUUUUCGCGACGUCAACCACCUGCAACAGAGCAAUCUAGUCUCUAGCGAAGAGCGUUUCACAUGCACCGAAUUUGGACAUGCUAUGUCGCGGUACUACGUGCAUUUUGAGACAAUGAAGUUGUUCAUGGGACUCGAGACAAAGUCCUCGCCCUCUGAGAUUCUUUCGGCUAUCGCACAAGCUAAGGAAUACUCCAACAUACGUUUCCGCCAAGGCGAAAAGACAUUCUACAAAGUAUUGAACAAGUCACCCUCAAUCCGUUGGGCUAUCCCUGUCAAUUUGGAUCUCCCAGCACAGAAGAUUUCGCUCAUGAUCCAGUCUGUCCUGGGGUCUGCUGAUAUCUCAUGGGACGGUGACAUGGCCAAACAUAGAUCACAGUACGCAACAGAAACGAUGAUGGUGUUCAGAAACAUAAGCAGUCUCAUUCGAUGUAUUAUUGACUGCCAAAUCGUGCUGGGUGACGCUGUCAGUAUUCACAGUGCGUUGAUGCUCGAGCGAAGUUUUGGUGCAAAGGUUUGGGACGACAGCCCGCUCCAAAUGAAGCAGAUCGAGACUCUAGGCGUGGUUGCUGUAAGAAAGCUUGUCAAUGCGGGUAUCAAAUCCAUAGAAGAUCUCGAGGGAUGCGACCCACAUAGGAUCGAAGCUGUGGUUGGAAGAAACCCACCUUACGGCCUGCAGAUUCUUGAGAAGAUCAAGGGUUUUCCAAAGCUUCGUGUCUCACUUCAAGAACAGCCCUCUACGAUCGUGAAAACUUUGGAAGGAGUCAAAAUGCAGAUCAAGACAGACAUUAGCUUCAUGAAUGAGCGGCCACCUGUGCGCUUUAAUAAUAAGCUCAUCUACGUUUGCCUUCUGGUGGAAACAUCCGACGGGCGUAAGAUACACUUUGCCCGCAUCAGUGGUUCUAAACUUGGUACUGGCCAAAGCCUCUCCAUUCCAGUUCUUUUAACUGGUUAUGACCAAUCCAUCAACUGCCAUGUCAUGUGUGAUGGUAUAGGUGCUAUGCGCAGCGCCACUGUGAGACCUCAGAUACCCCCAUCCAUGUAUCCAAUCCCGAAACCUUCAGGUUUAGAUUCAUCAGCCCCGAAUCAGUCUAAUAUGUCAAAUCGACGCACGGAAAAUGCGCAAGAAAGCUGGAAAGCAUCUACUACCAGUGAUGAUUUUGGUGAUGACGGACUCGACGAUGAUACACUAGUGCGAGCUGCUUGUGAAGACCUCAGAUUCGAACAUAUCGACGCAUAUCCCGAUCCGCUUGCAGAGAACGCUGAGCCCAACAACUCCAAGGCUAAUUCGAACAACAAAAAGGAUGCCGGAAAGGUCCUUAGCCUUCCAAGGCCCCCCGAAACUGUUGUUAAGGGCACUGCUCAGGAUCCAGUGCAGCUUGCAAAUGGUAAAUGGGCAUGUAAUCACCCAUGCAAAGACCGCGAAGCGUGUAAGCACUUGUGUUGUAAAAAUGGCAUGGACAAACCGCCAAAGAAGAAGCCUGUGGCCAAACCCUCUCAGCUGUGCGAACCCCGAUUGCAGUCGCAACAGAAACUCCCUGCUCCAAAGGUCAGAACAACUCAAACUAUGCUCCAGCUUCCAGCACCUAAAAGAAAAGCUUCUAUUCAAAUUGAAGAGUUGGAUCUCACUCACCAAGGAAAGAGGAACAAGGUGGACCGAGAUCUAAAUGAUCUGGAAGCACAAAGCGAGAUUCAAGAGACUAUGAAGGGAAGUAACAUGUCUUCUGCAAGUCAUCCAAUCUUGCACACGAAGUCUGCGUAUUGCUAUCACCAGGGCGAUUUGGGCAGAGCUUGUUCUUCUAAAUCUUUGGUCACAGAACCACUCUCUGAUCCAAGCGACUACGGCAACAUCCAGCUUGACGAUCCUCUUGAUUUUCUUGGUCCUCCACAACAACACAGUGUUCUAUCCGACUGCAAUACCCAAACAGAGUACCAUGACCUUGUAGAUUGCGAGACGGUCGCCCUAGGUAUCUCUCCAGAGUCGGAAGCGUUUUGUGACGAUGACUCACUACUCGAAGACGUGCUGGUUGGCCUAGCUGACUCGCAUAGCCUGCAAGAUAACAAUGAAGGCAAGUUUGAUUCAAUGAAAGCUGUGGAAGGUUUUCUUGACUGCGCAAACAAAGAAAGCUGGGGAGAGGCGCGGCAUUUGAAAGGCGAUGAAAUCGCAGGUGUCAAGGUGAUUACGAACAAUGUUUUGCAGAGGACUGCUUAUACCGGAGUCCACCGGGGAUCCCGCGGAUCGCCAACUGAAAUACAGAGCUCUCGCCCCGACAGAACAAUAAGUACUAUUAGAGUCGAAGGCGUAUUUCCAGAUGCUGUGACGAACUUUAUCGACGACAGCAAAACUGAGAGGCCUGCUCCCCAAAAAGACAGUCUUACCGUGGCUCAGUUGAAGAAAUACCAGCAGCCAUCAACUACUCAGGAGCUCCCAGAGUACUUAGCAAGAGCUGUUUACGAGACUCCUUGCUCAGUCUCAACAGAGAAGAAAAUAGUUCCUGACGCUUUCAAAGACCUCGAGCCAUGGCUCCUCGAAGAAUUCGGCGACAUAGUAGAACUUGUUGAUGAAUGA